AUGAGUUACAUGAAAAAGGAUGAGGAUGCCGACCAGACUAUGAUCAAGCUGGAUCGGACGUCUGUUUUCCAAGAUGCACGGCUAUUCAAUACAUCACCGAUAUCCCCUCGACAAUGCCGCACCCUCCUGACCAAGCUCGCCGUCCUCGUCUUCACUGGCGAGCAGUUCCCGACAAAUGAAGCGACCACUCUUUUCUUCGGUAUCUCGAAGUUGUUUCAGAACAAGGAUCCCUCGUUACGGCAGAUGGUAUAUCUUAUUCUGAAGGAGCUUGCAAACACGGCCGAAGAUGUCAUCAUGUCCACGAGUAUUAUUAUGAAGGAUACCGCAGUUGGCAGUGAUGUCCUAUAUCGAGCCAAUGCCAUCCGUGCUCUAUGCCGCAUUAUCGAUGCUACUACCGUGCAAGGCAUUGAACGAUUGAUCAAAACCGCUAUCGUUGACAAGACCCCUUCGGUAUCCUCUGCCGCCCUCGUUUCCUCAUAUCACCUCCUCCCAAUUGCGCGUGACGUGGUCCGAAGAUGGCAAAGUGAGACACAGGAAGCGGCUUCGUCGUCAAAACAAUCGACCGGUUUCCUUGGAUUUGGUGGGAGCAACCAGACUCACGCCAUCUCGCAGUCGAAUUUCAUGACCCAAUACCAUGCAAUUGGACUCCUAUACCAGAUGCGCUCCCAUGAUCGUAUGGCCCUUGUCAAGAUGGUUCAACAAUAUGGCGCUGCAGGUGUCGUGAAGAGCCCGGCCGCACUUGUUCUUCUCGUGCGCCUGGCCGCGAAGUUGGCCGAGGAAGAUACCGGGUUAAGAAAGCCUAUGAUGCAGAUGCUCGAUGGAUGGCUCCGGCACAAGCACGAGAUGGUAAACUUCGAGGCCGCGAAGGCGAUCUGCGACAUCAGAGAUGUCAGUGAUGCGGAGGCAUCACAGGCUGUGCAUGUUCUUCAGCUGUUCCUCUCUUCGCCCCGUGCUAUCACUAAGUUUGCAGCGAUCCGCAUCCUUCACCGAUUUGCGUCAUUCAAACCCCAUGUCGUGAACGUUUGUAACCCGGACAUCGAGUCGUUGAUCUCGAACACCAAUCGCUCUAUUGCCACUUUCGCCAUUACCACUCUUCUGAAGACCGGUAAUGAAGCUAGCGUUGACCGUCUGAUGAAGCAGAUUUCCGGUUUCAUGGCCGAGAUCACGGAUGAGUUCAAGAUCACCAUUGUUGAGGCCAUCCGAACACUUUGCCUGAAGUUCCCAAGUAAGCAGGCCGGUAUGCUUUCAUUCCUCAGCGGUAUCCUGCGGGAUGAGGGCGGCUAUGAAUUCAAGCGGAGCGUUGUUGAGAGUAUGUUCGACCUGAUCAAGUUUGUUCCUGAGAGCAAGGAAGAGGCCCUCGCCCAUAUUUGUGAAUUUAUCGAAGAUUGCGAGUUCACCAAAUUGUCCGUUAGAGUUCUGCAUCUCCUUGGUGUUGAGGGUCCGAAGACGUCGCAGCCAACCAAGUACAUUCGAUACAUCUACAACCGAGUAGUUCUCGAAAAUGCCAUUGUCCGUGCUGCUGCUGUCACAGCUCUUGCCAAGUUUGGUGUUGGCCAGAAGGAUCCUGAGGUCAAGUCCAGCGUUUCUGUUCUUCUAACGCGUUGUCUUGAUGAUACCGAUGACGAAGUCCGUGACCGUGCUGCUCUCAACCUGAGGUUGAUGGCUGAAGAGGAUGAAAUAGCCGAUAUCUUCAUUAAAAAUGAAUCGAUGUACUCGCUUUCGACCUUCGAGCACCAACUUGUUAUGUAUGUGACAUCUGGCGAUAAAGAAACGUUUGCUGCAGCGUUCGAUGUGUCUACGAUUCCCGUCGUCUCCCAGGAGCAAGCCUUGGCUGAAGAGCGGACCAAGAAGCUUACGAGUGCUACGCCGACACUCAAGGCACCUUCGACUGGGCCUCCCAAGGGUGCCAAGGCGAAUGGUGUUGCCGAGGCUGCCACCGCAGCGGCUACUCAGAAGUAUGCAGAGCAGCUUAUGCAAAUCCCCGAGCUGAAGGCAUAUGGUGCAUUGCUCAAGUCUUCCGUUCCCGUCGAACUCAGCGAGAGCGAGACAGAGUACGUUGUUACUGCCGUCAAGCACAUUUUCAAGGAGCACAUUGUUUUGCAGUAUGACAUCAAAAACACCCUUCCGGAUACUGUUUUGGAAGAUGUUACCGUGGUUGCAACGCCAUCAGAAGAGGAUGUCCUAGAGGAAGAGUUUAUUGUUCCUGCGCCCAAAUUAAAUGCCAACGAGCCCGGCGUCGUAUAUGUCACAUUCAAGAAACUUGAGGGCGAGCACAGCGUCCCUGUCGUUUCAUUCACAAACAACCUGAAGUUCACCAGCAAGGAAAUCGACCCUACGACUGGGGGGGCAGAAGACAGCGGAUACGAAGAUGAAUAUCAAGUCAAUGAUCUCGAGCUAGCGGGUAGCGACUAUGUGAUCCCCACAUUUGCUGGCAGCUUCGACCACGUCUGGGAGCAGACAGGUGCUACUGGCGAGGAAAUCAGCGAGACUCUUCAGCUCAGCAACCUGAAGGGCAUCGCAGAUGCAACCGAGCAACUAAUCUCUGCACUCUCCCUCCAACCCCUCGAGGGAACCGACGUCGCCCUCAGCAACAGCACGCAUACCCUGAAAUUAUUCGGGAAAACAGUGUUAGGAGGCCGAGUCGCCGCCCUCAUCAAGAUGGCAUACUCUAGCAAGACCGGAGUGACGACUAAACUCACAGUGCGCGCCGAAGAAGAGGGCGUUGCGGCUGCUGUGAUCGCUUCUUUGGCAUGA